AGGGCUCGGGACGCAGCCGCCGUCGGCCGAGCGCCCGGCGAGGAGCGACACCAGACGGAGCCUUUGCAGUCCCGCCGCCCCCACCUCGCCCGGUCCCGGAGCCUCGGUCCUCCUCGCCGCCCUCCUCGUGGCCAUGGAGUGUCCGCACCUCAGCUCCAGCGUCUGCAUCGCUCCGGACUCAGCCAAGUUCCCCAACGGCUCCCCGUCGUCCUGGUGCUGCAGCGUGUGCCGGUCCAACAAAAGUCCCUGGGUCUGUUUGACUUGUUCGAGUGUCCACUGUGGAAGGUAUGUGAAUGGCCAUGCAAAAAAACAUUAUGAAGAUGCACAAACACCCUUAACCAACCAUAAGAAAUCAGAAAAGCAAGAUAAAGCUCAGCACACAGUGUGUAUGGAUUGCAGUAGCUACAGUACAUACUGUUAUCGCUGUGAUGAUUUUGUGGUUAAUGACACCAAGCUGGGACUGGUACAGAAAGUCAGAGAACACUUACAGAACUUGGAAAACUCAGCUUUCACAGCUGACAGGCAUAGGAAAAGAAAACUCUUGGAAAACUCAUCACUAAACAGCAAAUUAUUAAAAGUAAAUGGAAGCACCACUGCCAUUUGUGCCACGGGCCUUCGGAAUUUGGGGAACACAUGUUUCAUGAAUGCUAUUCUUCAGUCACUCAGUAACAUUGAGCAGUUUUGCUGUUAUUUCAAAGAACUGCCCGCUGUGGAGUUAAGGAAUGGGAAAACAGCAGGAAGGCGAACAUACCACACCAGGAGCCAAGGGGAUAACAAUGUGUCUUUGGUGGAAGAGUUUAGAAAAACACUCUGUGCUUUAUGGCAAGGUAGCCAGACUGCAUUUAGCCCAGAGUCCUUAUUUUAUGUUGUUUGGAAGAUUAUGCCGAAUUUUAGGGGUUAUCAGCAGCAGGAUGCCCACGAAUUCAUGCGCUACCUUUUGGACCACCUGCACUUGGAGCUCCAGGGCGGUUUCAACGGUGUUUCCCGCUCAGCAAUUCUGCAGGAGAAUUCUACUCUGUCUCCAAGUAACAAAUGUUGCAUAAAUGGAGCAUCUACGGUUGUCACGGCUAUAUUCGGAGGCAUUCUCCAAAAUGAGGUUAAUUGCCUCAUAUGUGGGACAGAAUCUAGAAAGUUUGAUCCAUUCCUAGACCUUUCAUUAGAUAUUCCAAGUCAGUUCAGAAAUAAGCGCUCUAAGAAUCAAGAAAAUGGACCAGUUUGUUCAUUACGAGAUUGUCUUCGAAGUUUUACCGACUUAGAAGAACUUGAUGAGACAGAGUUAUAUAUGUGCCACAAAUGCAAAAAGAAACAAAAGUCCACUAAAAAGUUUUGGAUUCAAAAACUACCCAAGGUGCUAUGCUUACAUUUGAAAAGGUUUCACUGGACAGCCUAUUUAAGAAACAAAGUUGAUACAUAUGUAGAAUUUCCACUGAGAGGCCUAGACAUGAAAUGCUACUUACUAGAGCCUGAGAACAGCGGCCCGGAGAACUGCCUGUACGACCUCGCUGCCGUGGUGGUGCACCAUGGUUCCGGGGUCGGUUCUGGACAUUACACAGCAUAUGCAACUCACGAAGGUCGCUGGUUCCAUUUCAAUGACAGUACUGUAACACUGACUGAUGAAGACACCGUUGUGAAGGCAAAGGCCUACAUCCUGUUUUAUGUGGAACGUCAGGCCAAAGCUGGAUCGGAUAAACUUUAAUACCUCCUCUAAAUCAUUAUUUGUCAACUAUGCCGGACAAACAUUUCCAAUUUUCCAUAAAUACUUGAUCCAAGAUUUAAUUUCAUUAUGCACUUUUCAAUUUCCUAUUUUGGGUUUAGUUUUAUUUUGUCAAUGGUAGUGACUUAUUGAAGAUGGGCACCAACUAAUUUUUUUUUAGUUCUACCAGGAAACCUCAGCAGAUAUUUUGAUUUGCUGCUUUAGUUGUAAUAAUUCAGUUUUUUAUGUAGUUUGAAGAACUUAGUUCUAUUUGACUUUUUAUAUUAGUCUUCAGUUCUCACUUCGAGGCACAUUUGCAUCACUGCUUCGUUACUCUCACGUGCUGGAAGCAGGCUGCGCUCCCGAGUGUGGCGAGCGCCGUGCUGUCCGCGCCUUCCACGGCUUCAUGGAGAUGAGGCGGCUCCAAAUCAAGGAUCAUGUGUACACGCGAUUUCAGCGACUGCUCAGUAAUCAUUCUCUUUGCUUGUAAAAGGUAACUGAGAGGGCGUCUGUAAGUAGACCAGGUAAUUGCUGCUCUUGGUGUCUCUCAAGGUUGCUGUUUAUCAGCACUAAGUCAAUAAAUUUGUUGGGUCAGUUGUACCUGUACUGCAAAUCCAAAAAUUACUCUAUUUGUUGGUUUUUUUUGGUUUUGGGGUAUUUUUUGUUUGUUUGUGUUUUCCUGGAGGAGAUAGGAGUACAGAAAAGUCCAAAUAAGAACAAAUACAUUUAAUGUUUAAGAAAGUCUGUGACUCAGCUACCUGGUAUAGGUGUUAUCCAGUGAGAUGAAACCAUAACUUGUGUUUGCCAUUUCGAAUCAGCAUCUGACUCCCCCUCUAGCUGUGGCCCCAGGAAGAGCUGCAUGCUCACGUUAGUCUUCUUAUCUGCCUGGCCAUCUGAGGCUGAGCUGUAAGCUCCAGAGCUGACUCUGACCAUCACCUACACUUGAAGUAACACUGUGGGGUCUGCUUCUCAGAAGGAAAUUCAAGUCUUUGCUACUCUGGGUUUUAACAACUCUCACUGGCCCAUCCUGAUAGUAGAGCAAGGUGAAAAUAUUCUCACUUGGAUAAGUAGAGUUUCUAUUCGUGAGUUUAGUAGUCUUUGUUUUAAAAUUGUUUUCAAGAAAAAUAGGUACAAGUGCUAUUUAGAUUGAACUCAAAUUGAAAUUUGGAACCAGAAUCCCAGCUAAACAAGGUAAUUGUGAUUUCUGCAAGUGUUCCAAGCCAGUCUGUUGAUUUGGGGGGGUGGUGGCAUUACUUGAAAAUUAUUGAGAGAAGGAACUCCAAAAUAGGCCUGUAGGCCUGGGACCAUGCACUGUUCUCAUGUUCCAAUCAUUAUUUUCCUUCCUUCUCAAUUCAAGGGGCAGAAUGUAUUUCAUGUUAAGCCAGCCAACCAGGCUUUUUGGUAAUCUUAUCUUUUAUAUUAAAAGGUAAAAUGGUCAAGUUUUUUUAAGAGUGUGAAUGUAAAACAAAGCCUAGUGGCUGUCCUCCUAGGUCGGAUAUUUGAAGUUGCAAGAGCAGAUGUGGUUCUAUUGCCACUUUAAUAGUAGCUGGAUAAAUCCCACACUUUCUCAGAGCAGAAAACAACUGCUAAACCCUUCAACAUGACUAGGAGUAAAUUGCAAUUAUGUCUAAACUUGUAAUAUCCAAUAUGGUGGUCACUAGCCACAUGGGGUUAUUUAAAUUUUAAUUAAAAUUAAAUUAAAAACUCAGUUCUUCAGUCACACUAGCCACAUUUCAAGUGCUUGGCAGCCACACGUGGCAUAGGACUGCGCAGGUCUGGGGCAGUUCCAUCAAUGUGUAGAGUUCUCCUGGACAGCACUGGUCUAAAUUUUCACUCCAGAGAAAAAAGCUUUGCCGUCAUGUUUAGUUAGGUCUUACAGCUAAGAAACAGGGUCUAGAAGAUAAUUAAGAGGGAAACAUGGUAUUUAAAAUAGUUUACAAUGCUAAAUUACAUUAGGUUGACUCGUGAAAUUGUGAUAUUUGACUGUUUUUGAUCUACGAAACUGACAGUUUCACAUAAUUUGAUCUAACAUAUCAAUACAUUAACACCACAUGUAAUUGAACUUGAAAUGUGCAUCUCCUUUGAUCUAUCUCUGAACCCAGGCUCUUUUGCUUAGAAGGUACACAGCUGUAACUUCUGACAUCUGCAUUUGGAUCGUUAGUCUCUGAAUGGGCAGCUGUUAUGACUGCAACAGUCGAGCCUUGGGCAGUGUUGAUGCUGGAGAAAAGCUGUCUUUAUAUACCAAAUGGAACUAGCAACAGACAGACCACUUUGUUGGGGAAAGUGAUGCUCAGAGAGGCAACACGGUUGGCUUAAGAGAUGAACACAUCUCCUGUUUGAAUUUUUGUAGUGUUUUUAUUGCUUGAUUUUACUUAACAGAAACCUUUGAAUGAAAUCACGAAGGCUCUUUGGAAAAGUGACUGGAUCCCUUUGAAUUGUGCACUUGAACACCGGAGACGUAAAUGUGCCUAUUUGUAUUUUAAAAAUUUAACUGUGUAGCCUUCCCACACCUACUUUAAAAGCUGAUCUUUUUGUGCUCUUCAGGGCUCUUCCCUCGUGCCAUGUUGUCUCUAGCAUCUGUGUGGCUUCUCACUCAGAGAGCUUAUGCUGAGGCGGGGCCUCAUGCCAAGUCACAUAGCUCCUUGGAACAAGGAAACUUUCUCAGAAGUCCUCCCACACAGGUGGGUGACAGAAACAGUUUGUGGCAACACAAAUCUCUCUCCAUGGUGGAGAAACCUUUGCUUAUCCACUGUAUUCUACUCAGUGUUGAGCGAUGACAGCUGUAACAGAAUUAAACCAGGAGAGUGUGCUGGCCCUGGUCAAGUGUUAAAUGUGUAUCUCACCUGUGGAACCUACUCAGCAGCUUGGUUUCCGGGGUUGGGGACAUGUUUAUUGUUAAAACCAAACCUCUCCUUCGUUGGUUUAGUGUGUGUAAUAAGUCUACUUAGAUAUGCUUAUCCCACUUCCACCUCCACCGUUCCCUGAGCUCUCUCACAUACCCUCUCUUGCUGAAGUGGCCUCUUCACUUGGGCCCUGGAAAAGCUCAUGAGCAGAGUCUGUUCCUGCAGCCAGGGCACCGGUCCCAGGUGACUGGAGUGUAGCCACAGGAACGCAUCCACAGCACAGGAAGAGGUGGGCGUGUGGCGGUGUCAUGCGUAGGCCGAGGUCUCUGCCUCACCUCACUGGGUGCGGCACCUCCGCCCUCAGGUCUGCUGUGCUGGGCCCCAGGUGGCCCUCCCCGAGUGUUGGUUGUGCUGUGAUGUGAUCAUUUGCCAUUAAAACCUAGUUUGUUUGCUGCUGAGAGGAUUAACUGUGCAAGCGACUGAUUUCACUUAAGUUGUAAUCACAUCCCCUUUCUGCUUCACCAACCUGAACUGUUUUAUGGAAAGUAUCAUUAAAGGUCUGGUCUCUUUC